GGACGCCAAGGAGGAAACAUCGUUGACAAAAAUAUGGAAAAUAUGAAGGUUAUUCAAGUCAGAUUACCCUGGUUACAGAUUAGCUUUGUAUUAUUCCUUCAAGACCAUGGUAUCAAUGAACAGAUUACUGAAAGGAAGCUGGUUCAAGACCACGGUAUCAAUGGACAGAUUACUGAAAGGAAGCUGGUUCAAGACCAAGGUAUCAAUGGACAGAUUACUGAAAGGAAGCUGGUUCAAGACCACGGUAUCAAUGGACAGAUUACUGAAAGGAAGCUGGUUCAAAACCACGGUAUCAAUGGGCAGAUUACUGAAAGGAAGCUGGUUCAAGACCAUGGUAUCAAUGGGCAGAUUACUGAAAGGAAGCUGUGUCAUAUUUCAAGACCAUGGUAUCAAUGGACAGAUUACUGAAAGGAAGCUGGGUUAUAAAGAUUACAAGUUGUGGAACUUACAUGCUGACCAGCAGUUCAAUACAUGGCGUAAAUUAUACUAUAUCUUUUGUCUGAAACUGGAAAUAUUCUGUGCAGUAACUAUUACCUGCUGAUGUAAGAAAGAGAGACUGCACUGCACAUCAUGCAGUUGGAAUAAAAAAAAAAGUUGAAAAGAUCCACUUCUCAGAGAAAGUGUUUUUCUUGAUGAAAGCUGACCACAAUGAACAUUAAUAGCAAAGACUUUUAAUAAGAGAGACAGGACAGCUGUUGUCUGUUUGCUAUUAUAAAUGUGAUUUUUCUCCAUUUUUAUCGUAAAUUCUAUACUUCUACAGCAUUUGCUUAAUAAAUUAUGAAUUAAUUUAAUUUAAAGAAGACCUUAUAGCUUUCAGAUAUACUAUUAAGUACUGUUUUCCGUGACAACAUGCGCGUGAUCCCGUUCAUCUUUUUUCUAUAUAUCUCAACCGGGUCCUUUACAAUAAUCAUUGAUGAUUUAAGCAUUGCUAUUCACAUUAGAACUCAGAAUAAAGACUGGACUCGGCAUACGAAAAAGAAAAUCGUUUUAUGAAUUAAUGGCAACCCGUCAGUUGAUUUAUUAAAACCAUUUAAUAAAGCCUGGACUCGGCAUACGAAAAAAAAAGGAAAUCGUUUGAUGAAUUAAUGGCAACCCGUGAGUUGAUUUAUUAAAACCAUUUAAUAAAGCAUGGACUCGACAUACGAAAAG